CUUCCACCGCAACUCCGAGACAACUCCAGAGCCAAAGGAACUCGAGCGCAUGCAGAUGCCAACAGCGAGGGGGAUUCACCUCCAUACAUACGCGUACGCGUUGGCCCUGUCGUCAUGCACAGCUCCUUCAACCUCUGCUGGCGGGUGCGUCCAUGGUAGGCUGAGGUGCCACCUGCCACAACGAUCGUCGCAAUGUUCGCGAAAGUUGGCGCACUUCCUGCUUCAGCCCUCUACCCAACGUGUACCUGCCACCGCUCCACUACCAGGCUAUUCUAGUCCUGAAUGACGCAGCGGAUGGCGCUGGUUCCCGUCCACGAUGUGUCGUCGGAGGCACGCAGGGCGAGACCAUUUAUUGUCACCUGGGCUACACUGUACAAAUGAAUGUUCACCGCAUAAUGUUUCACAGUAUUGAAACCAUUGGCAUUGACAUGGCAUAGAAAUUGCCCCCAAGUCCCGCCACCAGCCAUGAAGAAGAGCGUGUUCCUCGCGUACGCAGAAGACUCGGACGAAGAUGACGCGGUGGUGUCCCAUCGCCAGGACGACAAAUCUGCCAAGAGCAGCAAGCAGAAGCAGAAGCAAAAGGCCAAGAAGCAGGAGGAAAAUGCGCUCAAGAGCUUGGCCAUGACGACGUCGUCAAAGAAGUCGAAGAAGAAGAAGAACCAAACCCAUUCAACUGUCGCUGUCGACACGGUGGAUGAGGUGGUUCAAGCGGUGGAACAAGUGUCUGUGGUAGAUGUACCUCCUUCUGCAGUCGUUGCUCCUGCGUCUUCAUAUGCCCGAGCAAGUGCUGCAUUGGGCACAAAGAAUGAGGCAGUCGGGUCGCCACAAUCGCCUUCGCCUGUACACGCGGCGCAGUCCUCGGCGCCUCCUCCACCGCCUCAAAAGCAACCGCAUACCAAGCAGCAACCUAAACCGUCGUCGACACCGCAGCGACGUCAGCCGACGUCAUCUCAAGUUCCGACACCUCCACAGGCGCAGCAACGUGACUUGCCAAAGAAGGACAAGUACAUUCCUCCUAGUUUGCGCAACUCAACUCCGGCGGUGCCGUCGCCACAGCCUUCACAGGAGCACCAAUGGACUUCACCCGAGCGAGUGGAUUCGCCGCCGCCGCGAUCUGGCCCUUCUUUGUCUGGAGUCACAUACGUGCCGGCUCAUAUUACAGUGAUCCUUCCAGGACAGGUACAGCAGACAUGCCACUCGCGUUCGGUCACGGCAACGUCUACGCUAGCCCGAUCAAGUGCUUGAAGUGGAGCAAGUGAUGGCGCGCGCGCAGUAUUUCAAGCAAACUGCCGAGUCGCUGGUCACUGUCAACCGAAAUGGCCAGGCGGAGAAUCGGCAGCUCCGCGAACACUUGGCCCAAGCUCUUGCGCGACUUGAGCAAGUACAACAUGAAAACCGCGUGCUGCAUCAACUCAACCUGAACUUGCAAACCGAAGUUGCGUCCCUCCGCAUUCCGGUGUUCAACCCCGACCCCCAAGCUGCUGCGGCCAUCCGUCCUCCUGGACUAUAGACUCCCUUCACUAGCAAGAAACGUCAACUUAUAGAGAGAACUCCCUUCUUCCUGACCAUUUCCGCCACCGCCGCCGUCCGCUGUCGUGUUGCUGUGCGGAUGCAUCCGGAUACCACCUUGUUUUUUAAUAUGCA